AUGAAGCUUCCGGCUCUGCUGUUCGGCCUCGGGCUGAUAACAGGUGUGCUGUCGCAAGGAUUCGGCCAGCAGCCGCCCCCAUUUCGACCGAUUCCCAGAUCGUUCGUGGUUCCACCGAAAGCUCAACGGCGCCAACUGACGCAACAACAGCAAACGCACAUCCUCAGUGACAUCCAGAAGCACCAGCACCGGUUCAAUGUCCACCAGAACCAACGUUCGCCGAACGUGUUCAUCCAGCCGUCGAUACAGCUGCCGGUUCCUCCACAGCCCCACGCCAGGCAGCCGUUCAACGGACCGCAGCAACACUUCCAACAACCGAACCCACACUUCCACCAUCACACGAACAACCUACAUCCACCGACGAACGGGUUCCGUGCAGGGCCAUCGUCGUCCGGUCGGCCGGGACCACCGCCUCUACCAUCCUUUGGAGCACAAGUAAACCGCUACUACUACCAGCACCACACACAGACCACAUUCAUUCCAAAUUUUCUACAACUCUUACAGCAGGACACACGCCUUCCACCUCAGCAACGCUCGGUACAGAACCAACUGGGGGGCCAGUUCUUCAACGGCCCACCACCACCACCACCAUCAGCACCACUCGCACCACAGCAUGGUCCCACGCCACAUAACAAUCAACCAUCCUCCUUCCUGAACAGCAUCGACACGUCCUUUGGCGGCCCGCAACAGCGCCCACCACCGUCCAACACCCUUCAAUCUCCGUUCCCCUCACAAAACCCUUCAUUCCCCACCAGCAACCAGGUCCGCUUCCCUAACCAAGGUGUCCAGCAACCCGUGCAACAACAGCAGCAGCUGUUCCCGGCUCAGCAGUUGCCACUCCAGGCGGCACCACAAAACUUCAAGCAAGGCCAAACGUCCUUUGGACAGGUUCCACAACCAACGUUCUCGAACAGUGCACCACAGCAGCAGUUCCCUCCACUCACCGGAAACUUCCAACAGUCGACUCUUCAGCAACCCCAGCUGCAGCUUCCCAAGAUUCAACAGAGUGUUCCCUUCGUCCAGUCGGGCCCAUCGUUCAACACAGGCUUCCCACAGGCACAGGCUCAGGUACAGCCGUUCAACGCACCAUCGCUGCCGGUUCAGUCGCAGUUUGGUCAGACGAGCAACUUCAACGGUAUUCAGCAACAGCAACCGCAACCACCGCAACCGUUGAACUACUUCCAGCAGCAGGAGUAUGAGCGCCGCCUGAAGGAGGAAAGUGAUCGCAUUCGUGAGCUGCAGGAGAAGCAGAAGGUGAUCGCAAAACACGAGCAGUUCCUGCAGAAGCAGUACCAGAAGCAGCAGGCCAAGGUGCAGCAGUUGCACCAGGAGUUCCUCAAGAAGCAGCAGAAGAUCCUACAGCAGCAGCAGCAGCAGUUCGACCAGCAGGCACAGAAGACAGCCGUACCGACGCAGGUGCGUUCGCGGGACGUGCUUCCCUCGGAGCGGACCAUCUUCGAGAAAGCCGUUAAGAUGCACACGAAACCAGUGGCUGAACCGACCACCGCAACCAGUGCCCCAACGCAACUCUCCGUCAUUCCACUCAAACCGAACGCCAAGAAGGACUACAGUAGCAUCACGCAGUCGGACCUGGACGUGCUGCUGAGCGCGAACCGUCAGAGCCUCUUCCAGACGAUCAAGUCGGAAACGGCGAAACCGGCCAAGGCGAAGCCAACGAAGGUGAAAUCGACCAAGGCACUCGGACGCGAUGAACUUCUGAAGCAGCUCAAGCUGGCGCUUGCCGAGACAUCGCCCUCGGAUUUGGGCGGAAAGAACUACAGCUCGACGGAUCUGGUGUUGCCGAACGGUGAAAAGGUGCAGGUGAUCCGUACAACGGAUCCGGAAAUAAUCAAGCGCGCCAACGCCAACUCCGAAGGUGUCCUGACCCAGCAGCUCGACUCGCCGACCACACCGAAGCCGUUGUCGUUUGAAGAUAUCGCCCGCAGCGGCCUUCUGCCGCCCGGUGCCGACUUCGAGCUGAUCAAGCAAACGGAGGACGGUCAGAUCCAGGAGGUGGCUAAAAUUCCGCCGCAAAAGAAGGUCACCUUCGUGUAUCUGGAGGAGCAGGACGAUGGCUCGUACAAGGUGCAGGGCGUCAAGGGUAGCGGCGAUAAGGAAACGAAGACAUCUGGUGCCGAUGUGGACAGCAUUCUGAAACGCAUCAAGAACGGUGAGAUUCAGUUGCCACCACCUUCGGUUGCAGUCAAGGCGGGUUCCGGACAGCCGGAACUUCUGGAUGCUCCGAUAACGACCACCACGCCGCGUCAUCAGCCGAUCAAGAAGACCAACUCGGUAACGAUCAUCCCGCACAGCACACCGAUCGAGGAUCAGCAAGCAUCGACGGCCUUUUUGCAGCACACGGCGACCCCGGCCCAACCCUCCACCAUCUACGCCUCGACCGCAGCCCCCUCGAGUCCGUCGAUAGUGACGGCCUUCUCCCCUGGGGCGUACUCUGGCAGCACGCUACCCCAGCACACCACGGCCCGCCUACUGUCCACGGUGGCGCCCUACCUCGCUUCCGACAGCACAGCCCGCUACUCCGAGGCCAGCUCGAUCUACACGACGUCCGCAACACCCUCCCCGGCCACUCCCGCACCGCCGAGCACCGAGAAGUACUUCGCCGACACGACCAGCGGCGAACAGCAGCAAACGGCCAGCAGCUACCAUCACCCAUCGAGCCACCAGCCGAGAACCGGCAGCUUCAACGACGUGGUGCCCACGGCAUCCGCUUCCGAAACCGUCGCCCAGCAGCAGCAGGAUAGCAAGCCGACGCAGGCCCCGCAGGACACGCAACAGGACGCGCAGAACGAACUGCCAGCGAUUCUCAAGAAUAACGGACUAUUUGCCAUGGCCAAAUAUCUCCGCCAGUCUGGACUCGAUACGAUCCUCAACGAAACCGGCCCGUACACGAUCUUCGUGCCGACCGACAAAGCCUUCCGCAGUCUCCUCGUGCAGCUGGGCGGCCCUGAGAAAGCGGAAGAGAAGUUCCGCAACAACCCGCGGCUACUGAGUGGGCUCCUCUUACAUCACGUCAUUCCUGGAUCGUUCGAGAUCGCUUCGCUGCAGGAUGAAAUGACUGGAGUCUCCCUUGCUGGAACGCAGUUGCGAGUAAACCAAUACAACAUGCACGAUUCCGAAUGGAACGACGUCAAGGUAACAACCAUCAACGGCGCUAUGGUCGUGCCGGACAAACAGGACAUCGUGAUUCCGCAGGGCGUGGCCCAUGCCGUCGAUCGGGUGAUGUUCCCACUUCCGGUUGGUGAUAUUCUGCAGACACUGCAGUCGGAUCGUGAACGACGUUUCACGCACUUCCUGCGGGCGUUGUUCGCAUCGGGCAUGUCGGAUACUCUCCAGAACAAAGGUAUCAAAACGUACACAGUAUUCGCCCCGACCGAUGCCGCAUUCGCUCAUCUCACGACCGAGGAACUCACCAACCUAGUCACGGAAAAGGAACAGGCCGAGGAGCUGGUCCGGAAGCACGUCGUCCCGGGCACGCUGUUCACCGCCGGAAUGCGCUUCUACCAAGUGAAGGACGUCAUGGCAGAGGGCAAAACGGUUACGCUGCAGAAGACCGGAGGUAAAAUUAAGGUUAACGAUGGUUACCUGCAGACGUCCAACAUCCCUACCACGAACGGCGUUAUACAUGCGAUCGAUUCGCUUCUGUAA